CUAGAAACCUCAGAAUGUCUUAAAAGUAACCUUAGGAACAAAUGCCAAAAUAAUAUUUCGACAAAUCAAAAAAUUUUCAUCUUUCAAUUUUCCUUUCAUUCUUUCAAAAUUCUUGUGAAAAUAUCGCAUAAAAUAUCUACUGCCGCUUCGCAAUGAGAGAAUGCAUAUCUAUACACGUUGGUCAAGCAGGAGUACAAAUAGGCAAUUCUACCUGGGAAUUGUACUGUUUAGAACAUGGAAUUCAGGUUGAUGGAGUGAUACCAGAUUAUUUAAAGGAAAAUGCUUUCGGAACAUUUUUCCACGAAGUAGAAAGUGGCAAAGUCGUGCCUAGAGCUGUAAUAUUUGAUUUGGAGCCAAGUGUUGUAGAUGAAGUUCGAAUGGGACGAUUCAGAAAACUAUUUUCUCCAAAUCAACUUAUCUCCGGCAAAGAAGAUGCAGCAAAUAAUUAUGCCAGAGGCUAUUAUAGCGUCGGCAAAGAAAUGUUAAAUACAGUGAUGGCCACUGUUAAUAAACUAGCAGAAGCUUGUCAUAGUAUUCAAGGAUUCUUUCUCUUCCAUUCGUUUGGAGGAGGUACCGGAUCUGGAUUCACCUCUCUAUUGAUGGAAAAAUUGACCAAUGACUUUGGGAAAAAAAGCAAAUUGGAGUUUGUUGUGUAUCCUGCUCCCCAGGUUUGUACAGCAGUAGUAGAACCAUACAACGCCGUCCUCACAACCAGUGCAACCCUAAAUCAAGCCGAAUGCGCUUUCAUGGUCGACAACGAAGCGAUUUAUGAUAUUUGCAGGCGCAAACUGAACAUCGACAGGCCUGAUUACAUAAACUUGAACCGACUAAUUAGCCAAGUUGUCUCAUCAAUAACUGCAUCUCUAAGAUUUCAAGGCGCUCUAAACGUAGAUCUGAACGAGUUUCAAACCAAUUUGGUCCCAUUCCCACGCAUACAUUUUCCACUAGCCUCUUACGCGCCUGUAAUUUCAGCGGACAAAGCUUUUCACGAAGGAAUGUGCGUUUCAGAAAUUACAUCAGAACUGUUCGAGCCUCAUAACCAGAUGGUUAAAUGUGAUCCAAGAGAAGGAAAAUACAUGGCCUGUUGUCUUCUUUACCGUGGUGAUGUUGUUCCCAAAGACGUAAACGCAGCUAUCGGCCAAAUGAAGUCGAAGAGUGACGUCAGAUUUGUAGAUUGGUGUCCAACUGGUUUUAAAGUUGGAAUCAACUAUCAACCUCCUACCGUGGUAAAGGGUGGAGAUUUGGCUCAAGUGCAAAGGGCGGUUUGCAUGCUCUCUAACACAACAGCGAUUGCGACUGCAUGGAGCAGACUAGACAAAAAAUUUGACUUGAUGUAUGCGAAACGAGCCUUUGUGCAUUGGUAUGUUGGUGAAGGUAUGGAAGAAGGUGAAUUUGCUGAAGCUAGGGAAAACUUAGCUGCCUUAGAGAAAGAUUAUGAAGAAGUGGCAGAUGAAACUUUUGAAACCGCUUGAAAAAAUUUGACAAUUGGAAAUCUAAAAAGUUUAACGACAAAGAUAUUGAUUUUACAUUAUAUGCAGAGUGUUGUUUCUAAGAAAAAAAUGUAUAUAAGAAUGAUAGAUUUUCGUAAGAAACUAUACUGACAAGUUGCAUCGGAUUUUACAAAAAUGAUCUAAAUUACGAGCUAUCAAUUUGCAAUAUUAGUGAAAUGAAAGCGAUAAUAGAAUUCAAAUUCAAAAAACGAUUUUUGUAAUCAAAUUUACCUUCUACAUGGGUAUUUAAAAAUAUUCACAAAUAGUAAACAACGAAUAUCUUGGGUUUCUGGAAAUGAAACCUUUGAAUUUGGAUAAAUUGUGCAAAUGUGAGUGUUUUGGUACGGAUGUUCGUUUUAAUGUUUUUGGUAAACUAGUAUUUUCUUAAGAAUUUAACAGUCAUCACUAAAAAUAAUUAUUUUUUAUAAAAAAAUCACGCAAGACUUGUCAGAUUGCACAUGACUGUAAAAUCAAGAUUAAUUUUUUUAAUGGAAAUACGAAACUGACAGAUACUAUUAUACAAGUAGUUGCAAAGAAAUUUUCAAUGUACCUACGUCUCUCAUAAAAAUCUCGUUAACCCUUUCACUGCGGGAACCGCCUUUUUUGGAAAUAAAUAGAAAGACUGUUAUUGAUGAUUUAUAUCGAAAAUUUCUUUGCAACUGCUAUUUAUUAUGUCAUUCAAACUCAUGUAACAACGAUCAUGUAACUAAAUAAGGAAACUGAAGCAAUAAAGUUGAAAUUAAAAAUCUGAUGUGUCCA